AUGAAGCAAGGAAUUCCAAAAACCUUCGAGGGCGUUGUGUCCGAAAAGGUCACUACGGCUAAGCAAUUCUUUGAGGAAAUUGAAAAGCGCAAAGUCAUCUCAAAGGGCCCCACGAAAGGCAAGGUGCAGUUGCCAAUUAUUUUAACGUCGGUCUCCGCUGGGCAGUUAAUUACUCGACCGCCGGGCAGGCCAAACCCAGAAGGCCGGAACAAAGCUUGA